AUCAGUAGAUGCAUUUCACAUUGCUCUGUUUUCUCUCUCUCCCUCUCUUUGGUUUUUCCUUCUUCCAUUUCUCUCUCCGAUUUUCUUCGAUCAGAUCCUUUUGAGUAAAUGGGAGAAGAAAAACCCAAGUCUCUAGCCGUUUGGCCGACCGUGAAGCCAUUCGCGAACGGUGGAUUGUCUGGAAUGCUGGCCACGUGCGUCAUCCAACCCGUUGAUAUGAUCAAGGUUCGGAUUCAACUGGGCCAGGGGUCGGGACUGCACGUGGCAAAAACCAUGCUGCGCGAAGAAGGCCCUGGGGCUUUUUACAAGGGUUUAUCAGCAGGGUUACUACGCCAAGCUACUUACACAACUGCACGACUUGGGUCUUUUAGAAUUAUCACGAAUAAAGCUGUUGCUGCUAAUGAUGGGAAACCACUCCCCCUUUAUCAGAAAGCUCUUUGUGGCCUGACAGCUGGAGCUAUUGGUGCAUGUGUCGGCAGUCCUGCUGAUUUGGCACUCAUCCGCAUGCAAGCUGAUGCCACUCUACCACUUGCACAGCGCCGUAACUAUACAAAUGCGUUUCAUGCACUCUAUCGUAUUAUUGCUGAUGAAGGUGUUUUGGCACUGUGGAAAGGAGCAGGUCCUACAGUGGUCAGAGCUAUGGCUUUAAAUAUGGGCAUGCUUGCCUCAUAUGACCAGAGUGUAGAAUUUUGCAAGGAUACCCUUGGGUUUUCUGAGAGCAGUACUGUAGUUGGAGCUAGUGCUGUUUCUGGAUUCUUUGCAGCUGCUUGUAGUCUUCCUUUUGAUUAUGUGAAAACCCAGAUACAGAAGAUGCAACCGGAUGCGAAUGGGAAGUACCCAUAUACUGGUUCUAUGGAUUGUGUCAUGAAGACUUUGAAGGCAGGGGGACCAUUCAAAUUCUAUACCGGCUUUCCAGUAUACUGUGUUAGAAUUGCUCCCCAUGUCAUGAUGACAUGGAUAUUUUUGAACCAAAUUCAGAAACUAGAGAAGAGUGUUGGGCUGUAGAGACCAGAUUCAUCUUUCAACUGGUUCUUCCAAUUGAGGCGGACUUUUUCUUAUUUCCGAUUCUCUCUUUUAGUGUCUGCAGGUUUUGACUUCUCUGCAGCACUGUUACCAUUUUGAGCAUAGCAGUUUUACUGAUUGGACUCUGUUUUUAAUAAAAAGUUGCUCUGAUUCUUGCGGGACUUUGUUGCUGAACCCAUAUUCAAUCUUAGCAAUUCAUAUACUUUGAUAGUUUGGAAUAAUAAUGGAGAAGAGAUUCGAAUGAAA